AUGUUAAAAAAAGCUAUUGAUUCAAUGUUAAUUUUAUUACGAUUCGAUGAAAGAAAAGAUGAUAAUUGGUUAUGGAAUCCAACCGUGGUAGAUACUACUUAUCCUGUUUUAAGUACUACUACUACUACUACUUCUACAACAGGUCAAAAACAAUGUGAUAAUCAUGCUAAUAAUAAUAAUAGUAAUACAGUCAACUGUACAACACCAUUAUUAUCCACAGAUUGUCAAGAAUUAUUAUCAUUAGCCGGAAAUAAUAAUUCUAAUAAUCAUGUUAAAAUUAAUCGUGCAAAAUCAAUACCGAAUCGUCAUUUCAUGCAUCAUUGUUCAAGUGUCAAUUAUCACAAACAAUCAAAACGAAUUAAUUCUAACAAUAACACUGGUAAAUGUAAUAAUAAUCAUGAAAGAAAAACCAAUCGAAAACAUCAAUUUCAUCAUGUACGUUUGCAUAGUUAUGAUGAAAGUAUGAAAAAUUCUCAAAAUGAUUACUCAUAUUAUGAAGAUGGUGAAUUUGGUACAGAUGUGACUUAUUUACCAUUGAGUGAAUUCAAUCAUUCUAUUGAUCGAUUGAAUAAGUUAACUAAAACAACAAUCAAUAAUCAUGAGAAUAGUAAUAAUACGCAAACUAGUAAAUUGACUAUUGUAGAUGAACAAACUAAAAAUGAUAAGUUUAACACGCCAUCUUUACCGCCAUUGUUACAUUCAUUGUCACAAAUAGUACCGCAAAAAUUAAAACCUCCACCAAAAGUACAUUUAUCAUUGUCAAUACCAACAGUUACAUUAGAACAAUUAAUCAAUGUGAAUUCAAUUACAACUAGUAAUUCUACUAUGGUAUUUAAAAAUGUCGAUCAAAUUGAACAAAAUAAAAUGGAUGACUUCCGUUUUUUAGUUAAUUUUAAUAAAACAAUACAUUGUGAAGAAUUCAUCAAUCAAUCAUCAUCAUCAUUUCAACAUUCUUCUCAUCCUUAUUAUAGGCAACAAGAAUUAUGUGUAACAACACAACAUAAUUUUGAAAAUAAUCUUAUUUUAUUUCCUAAUAUGAAAAUAACAGAAAAUAUUGAUAGUAAUAAUAAUAAUAAUAAUAAUAAUAAUAAAAUAACUAAAGAUUGUUUAACUGAUUUUGUAAGAUCUAAUCAAUGUCAAAAAAUGACAUAUUUCACUCCAGUCACUGGUAUUUCCAGUAAUGGAGAUGCAAUGCAAAACAAUACCACACUAAAGACUUUUACCACUACCACACCUACUACUACUACUACUACUCCUAAUACUACUGCGAUUAGUACUACUACUACUACUACCACCAAUACUACUACUACUAAUACUACUACUAUUACUACAAAUAAGUUGUCUAAUCAUGACGCAACUAGCAAUUCAUUCAUAAAUCAUCAUUAUUCAUCUCAUAAACCAUUAUCACCAAAUAUCCACUUUAAUACAAGUCGUUCAAAUAGUGGUCAUACAUUGAUUGAUCAAAGCAUUGAACAAAAUUAUCCACAAUCCCGUAUGCAUCGAUUGAAAAAAUCCACUAAAAAAAAACGACGAAUCAAUAAUUCUGCAUUACAACAACAUUCAAUGGCUGCAUCAUUUUCAUCGUCUAGUUCAUGUUUUAUGAAUUCAACAAUCAAUGAUUGGUCAAAAUGUCAAUAUCAAAAACAUUGGUCAUUUACAUUUUAUGAUUUUGAAAAUGAACAACAUUCAAAAGAGGAUGAUACUGCAUUAGUACAUUCAGUUUUUGCUGUUGUAGCAGCUCGACUACAACGACAAAAACACAAUGGUUCAAAAAGUAUGAUUAAAAAAGUAUCAGAAUAUGAAAAAUUAUAUCAAGGUCAUGAAAAUAAUGAUGUUAAUAGAAAUAAUCAUGUAAGGCGGCAGUCAAAUUCACAUCAGACCAGUAAACAAAUACAUCAACAUAUUCGACUGGCUAAUUAUAUCGCGGAAGAUUUUCCCAAACAAACUUUAAAUAAUGAGAGCAACAAUAAUGAUGAACAACAUUUAUGGCGAUUAUGUAUUAAAUGGAAUCCAAAAGAUUUACCAAAUAAGUCAACACUUUGUCCGAAUACACAAGAGAAAAAUGAAAAUACCACUGAAAAUCUUCCUCAAAUUAAAUUAAAAAAGACACAUAUCCUUGCUACUUUAGGUGCUGAAAUUGAUAAAACCUCUUUAUGGAGUAAUAAUUCUACGCUAUCGUUAAUAUCAUUGGAUAUUCAUGGCUUAGAUCGUAAUGAGAAGAAACGACCGAAACGAUUGAAACAUCGAAAACACUCACAAAAACAUCACAAAAAUGCAUCUAAUCAGAAUGUAUUGAUUUGUUCUGUUUGUAAACGUUUAGUCAAUACAAAUCCUAAUGAACAAGUUUUACAGCAACAAAUGAAUGCGAAUAAUGCCUUAUCAAUCAUUGAUCAGACAUCUUUGAAUCAAUUUGCAUUUAAUCGAAGUCAUUCAAUUAGAUUUAAAGAAAAAUUCCCACCUAAUAAGAAUUCAGAAAUGCAUGAUUAUUCACAACAGAAUGCUGGUUUAACAAAACUAAAUAAUGAUGAUGAAAUGAAAUAUAAACGUAAUAGUUGUCAUAUUUUACCGAAAACAUUUCAAUGUCCAAUACAAAAUUGUGAUCACAAUAUGAAAAAUUUAGAAGAAUGUAAAAAUCCAUGUAGUAAUCAUCAGAAUAAUCUGUACAGUAAAACACAAUGUGAUCAUGUACUAGGUAAUGACUGUUGUCAAAAACAAAUUUCUGAAAAUAUUCAUCAUGAUCAAUGUGAAUAUCAAUCAAAACUAAUCAUGAAUUCAUUGAAUCAAACAACUACGAAUCAAGUGUUAAAUUGUCAAUAUUGUUUGUUUAAAUCGAUGAAAGGAUACACGAAAGAAAGUCACUUGAACGGAUUUAAUCAUGAUAAUAAUAGUAAUGAUAAAAUAUUAAAUUCACAAAUAAAAAGUAAUUAUAUCAAUGACAAUUCAACUUUACCAACGUUUUGUUGUAAUCAAUGUCAAAAAUGGUUUAUCCCUCCGACAUGCAAUCAAUUUCAUUGUUCAAGAAGUAAACGAACAAUUUCAAAAGAGACUAAUUUGGCAUCUUACAAUCAUUGCUGUUAUCAUCGUUCAUCAAGUCAACCACAAACAAGACAUGAAAGAAUCAUUCAAAAUCAUUUAUCCCGAAAUAAUCCCUGUAAUUAUGCGGAUGAAUACAAAACAUCUUUAAAGAAAAUGUUUAUGCAUCAUGGGCAUGAUAAUAGUAAUAAUAAUAUUCAAUGUUACAAUGUACAAAACACAUUUCAAUCAUAUCAACAACAACAACACCGACAACACCGAAGAAAUCAACAAUCCUCGAAAAGACAAUCACAACAUCGACAAAAACGUACAAAGAAACGUGCUAAAUCCUACAUCCCUAUACAUCAUAUCCAUGCUAAUGACACAACGAACAAUCAACAGCUGAAUAAUGAUGAUUCACCUAUAAAAUUCAAUCAUUAUACAUUAGAAUUAGAUCAAUGCCAAAAAGAAAUAAUCAAUCAUCAAAUCAUUGACAAUUGUUGUCCAAUUUAUCCAAUUGAAUAUUUGAUGAAUUUAAAACAAGAUCAUAAAUUUAAACGUUACAAUAGAAAAUAUUUAGGACAAUUAAAUGUUCAAGAAUGGUUAGGUAAAACAUUACCAACAAACAAUGAUUGA